CCGUGUGCGGGUGCCCGCGCCGCCGGGACCCUGCCCGCGUUCCCGGCGGCUGUCCGGCUCCUGCGCCCGCGGAGCGCCCGCCAGGCCUGGGGAACCGAGGGCUGCGCGGUGAGGGAGGGCGCCUGCCCGCCCGCCCCGCACGCUCGGGGCCUCCCGAGGGGAGCGCCGUACCCUGGCGCCGGGGAGCCGCCUGUGGUCCGGGGGGAGAAGCUGCCUGCCGGGGAAGGGAGGUCCCCGGAGGAAAUCCGCUGUGACUGCGGGAGACCGGCCCUGGCUCUCAGAUGCCGGCAGCCGCCUCGCAGCCGGAGCCGAAGCCCGGAUUUCGUGUCUGGCCCUGUCCGUGCAGAGGCUGCUCCUCGCACCUCGGCGCCCCUGCCCGCCAAGGCGCGGGUCUGGGGAGCGGGGGACAGGGCGAGGUUCCCCAAGCCGCUGCCAGCCGCAGUGGGUGCCUCAGAUCCCAUAUUGGAACUUGUCAGGAAAAGCCAUGGCCUCAGCCACCAAGAAGAUGAAGGAGGAAGCCACGUGUGCCAUCUGCCUGUCCCUAAUGUCUGAGCCCGUGAGCAUCAGCUGUGGACACAGCUACUGCAAUCAGUGCAUCAUGAGCUUCCUUGAGAACCAAGGCUCUGUGGACAUAUUGUCCAAUACGUUCCCCUGCCCCCACUGCCGGGCUCCAUUUCGACCGACCAGCCUGAGGCCCAACAAGCAGCUGGGAAGUCUCAUUGAAGCCAUCAAGGAGAUGGAGCAUGAGAUGUCAUGUGAGGAGCACGGAGAGCACCUCCACCUGUUCUGUGAAGACGAGAGCCAGCUCAUCUGCUGGCGCUGUGAGCGGUCACCGAGACACAAAGGGCACCACACAGCCCUCAUCGAGGACGUAUGCCAGGACUACAAGGAGAAGCUUCAGAAUGCUGUGACUAAUUUGAGGCAACUAGAAGAGGAGUGCACGAAACUGAAGUUGUUCACAACAAAGCAGAUAAGCGAAUGGAAUGAGAAGAUAGAGAUUGAGAAACAAAAAAUCCAGUCUGACUUUAAAAAUCUUCAGAGCUUCCUACAAGAAGAGGAGAAGUCUCAUCUGUGGAGGCUGGAGAAAGAGAAAGAGCAGACUCUGAAGAGACUGAGAGAUAACGAGGCCACUCUGGAACAGAAGAGCCAAGAACUCAGGAGUCACAUCCUGCAACUAGAGGAGAAAUGUCAGAGCUCAGCCCAGAAGUUGCUGCAGGAUGUGAAAGACACUUUGCGCAGGAGUUGGGCUAUAACGUUGGAGAGACCAGACGCCCACUCUCUGGAGCUUCAUGCCGUGUGCAGUGUUUCUGAGCUUUAUUUUGAUGUGAAGAAAAUGUUAAGAAGCUAUCAAGUCAAUGUGACUCUGGAUCCAGAUACAGCUCAUCGGGAGCUCAUUCUGUCUGAGGAUCGGAGACAAGUGACCCGUGGAUGCCCCCAGGAGAAUCUGGACAAUUCUUCUAAGAGAUUUAGUAUCUUACCCUGUAUUUUGGGCUGUGAAGGCUUCAUUUCAGGAAAACAUUACUUUGAAGUGGAUGUGGGAGAAGGAACUGGGUGGGACUUGGGAGUCUGUCUGGACAGUGUUCACAGGGACGUUGGUUUGAUGCAGAAGCCUCAGUCUGGAUUCUGGGCCAUUAGACUGUGCAAAAAGAAAGGCUACUUAGCACUUACCUGUCCCAUAACUUCCCUUUCCCUGGUGGAGCAGCCUCUGGUUGUGGGGAUUUUUCUGGACUGUGAUGUCGGACUUGUAUCCUUUUACAACAUGACCACUGGAUCCCACAUCUUUACCUUCCCAAAGGCCUCCUUCUCUGAUACUGUCCGGCCCUAUUUCCGGGUUUAUCAACAUUCUCCUUUGUUCCUGCCUCCCCCAGACGAGUAAGGAAAGAAGUAAAAUCUCCUUCUUGGUUUAACUAGCAUAGAAAAUAGAAUGUUAAUCCUGUGGGGGCAGAAACCUGGUCUGUUUUCUUCACUUCUUGUACUCAGAACCGUGCUGGGCUUUUAGUGGCUACAUAAUAAAUUUGCUUUGAAUGAAUGGAUAGAACAAUGGCAAAAAUACCACAGAUGGUCAGCCUGAGCUGGGGAAGCCAGAUAAUAGCAAUGAUCAUGCAUUGUCUUCUCCAACCCCCAAGCCCCUCAGUGGGUUCAGAGCUUUGAUUUCCAAGAGUUUUGGGGUGACCUGCAGGGUGACCCAGAGGUCAGGAGGUCUGAGUUCUCCCAGUUUGUUCAGUGCCAUAGGAACUCAUGGGUGGGGGGUGAGGGAAAUUGCAGUUGUCCCUACCAGCUGUGAGAAAAAGCAGGAGAGCCAACAGAGUGACUCUUCCAACCUCUGGCAUAGCUCCGAUGAUGCAGUGAGGACAGAUGCCUUCCAGACCUGGUGAGCUCUGCCUGUUGCAGUAACACAUCACCUAUGAGAGAAAUUGGCGUACAGGGCUAUGUUUCAAAUGGGAAGGAGAUUCAGAAUAAUAACAGAUUUACUUGGGGGACUCGGUACUGGAAAAGAAGUUGGUAUUUUCUAGACUGUGCCAAGCCAGGUAUCUUGAAAUAGUUUAAGAUCUCAGCAAAUAGUUACCACUGGCAUGAUCGUUGGCAGACUUUGUUAUGAUUCUUCUAUGACCAAAUAGACCUUAGCUCUAGCUGGGUCAACUUUGAAGAGAACAUUCCAUGUUCAACCUAAAUUAUCAUGGCUGAGUUGACUAAUGGCAAGAUCAUAGUAAAGUCAGCCAAGCCACAAACAACAUAAAUGAUUGAGGUGUGAUGGCUGGGUCUUUAGAAGCUGUCCUAGAUUCUACAGAUGGCGGAAGUGUGGCUAACAGGAAGCUGGUAAAUUUGUGGAGGUUCUAUACCAGCCCUGGAUUCUAUGGAUUUCUUGGGCUUUCUACAUUUUCUGGACUGUCAACAUGGGAGAGAUAUGAACUUGUUUCAGCCACUAUCAUUUUGGGUUUUCUGUUCAAUGGAAACUAAUCCAAUCUUCCAGGACACAGUGAGUUGCUAUUCCUUAAAAAAAAAAAAAAAAAAAAAA